AGGGAUCGUAGCCCUUUUCUUUUUCUGUUCACUCACUUUCAUCCAUUUUCUCUCAUUUCUUUUCCGGUCACUUUUGCUGCCUGUGGUGACUUGUGAAGGACUCCCAUUCUGCCGCAUCGCUGACGAACCACAGCAAUGGACGAAGAGACCGAAGCGCCGGACACCCGUGAACUCUACGCACUCCUCAACUUGUCGCCGGAAGCUUCCGAUGAAGAAAUUCGCAAAGCCUAUCGUCAAUGGGCACAGGCUUAUCACCCUGACAAGUACCAAGCUCCUCACAUGAAGGAUAUUGCUACUGUGAACUUUCAACGCGUCUGUGAAGCGUAUGAGAUUCUCUCGGAUCCAAAUAAGAGGCAAAUUUAUGAUAUCUAUGGCAUGGAAGGGUUAACCUCUGGUUUGGAACUCGGUCCGACACUCGAUAAAGCCCAAGAGAUCAAGGCAGAGCUCGAGAGGUUGAAGAAGAUGAAGGAGCGGGAAAAGAUGGCGGCUCAUUUCCAAUCAUCGGGUACAAUUCUGGCAAACAUGUCUUUGCCUGAAUUUCUACGGGGUGAUAGCCUCUUCAAAGGAAUGGCUAUGACAAGUGAAAUUCAGUCUCAGUUAUCCAAGCGUAAUGCUGUUACAUUAAGUGGCAAUUUAGCAGUUGAUGGGCGUGACGGUGGAGGGGCUGCUACUGCUGUAUUUAGGCAUCAACUGUCAGAAGUUUCGUCAAUAGAAUUUGUAGGUUCAGCUGGUUUACGUGCACUAGUUGGGGUGCAAACAUCUCGUAAUAUAUCAUUACACUCAACUGCAACAAUGGGCAUAGCCAUGUCUUUGAAAGAUGGUUCAUUGAAUCUUUCGAAUCUAUGGACCCGCCAACUGUCAGAUACAGCAAGUGGACAUAUACAGCUUACUUUGGGACCACAAUCAUCUGUAGCUGUAGGGUGGCAAAAGAAAGAUGAGAGAGGGUCAGCCUCUGGUGAAGUGAAGUUUGGCACAGGUUCUUUUGAGACAUCAGCUCAUUAUAGUCAUCGAUUUUCUUCUAAAUCUCUUGGCUGCAUCGGGGGAAGAGUUGGGAGUUCUUCCCUUGAGAUUGAAGUCGGUGGUGGGAGGAAGUUAUCCAAAUUUAGCACUGUCCGUUGGAUGUAUGUAAUAGGAAUUCAGGGUAUUUCCUGGAAGUUUGAACUCUAUCGCGGGGGUCAGAAGUUAAUAUUUCCUAUUUUGCUAUCAAAGCAUUUGAACCCUGUGUUUGCUACCGGAGCAUUCGUUGUUCCAGCAUCUCUUUACUUUGUUGUGAAGAAAUUUUUAAUUAAGCCAUAUUACCUUAAAAGGAAUAAGCAGAAGGCUUUAGAGAAGGAAGAGAAAACUUCUACUCAGGUUCAAGAAGCAAGGGCGGCAGCAGAGAAAUCUCAGAAACUACAACAAAAUGUGGCUAAUAGGAAAAGAAACAAGCAAUUAGAAACAGGUGGACUGGUUAUUAUGAGAGCGUUAUAUGGGAAUCAAAUUUUUUUGGACAAUUUGCGUUCAAGUGAAACGAGUUUCGAGUCAACUUCAGAAAUCAUUGAUGUUACAACACCUAUGAAUUUUCUAGUUAAUGAUUCUGGCCAACUUAAGCUUCAUGAAGGUGUAAAAAAAUCAGGAAUCAUGGGCUUUUGUGAUCCAUGUCCAGGAGAACGUAAACAGUUGUAUGUAGAGUACGUUAAUGCUGGUAAUCAACACAAGGUUUGGGUUGGUGAUUAUGAAGAAUUACUGAUACCUCAGGGAACCCAUAUGAUAUAAAGGAUCAUUAUACACAUCAAUACCAUUGUUGCCUCUUUGCGGUUUUGUCUGGUUUAUAUUGUUGAGGUACAGCAUUUUAUCCGUUUAGAUAGAAUUAGAAGAGGUACUUUUCACAAUUUUUCUGCCUGGUACCUUCACUUCUUUUUAUGUUGUUAUUCUCUUAUUUUAUUACACCCCAAAAAAUGUAUGAAAUAAGGGCAUUUUAGGAUGUGACUAGUAUUUUGUCUACCUGUAGGCGUUGUGAUUUAAUGUUUUUACAUUUCAGAGCCUACCCGUUUAAUGUGACCUUAGUGUCUCGAUGGAUGAGUCUCAUGACUGUCAACUUUGAGAAUACCUUGGGAAACCAAAGAAAUGUUUUUACAUUUCAGUUUUCAUUUAGGUUAGUGAUUUGUGGUGAAUACCGAUACUGAUUACACCAAUAUUGGCGCAAUAACAGAAUAAAAUUGAGUGCUUUUCAGUUUUCA